AUGGCAUCGGUGGCGGAACAUGCCAGACGCGCGCUCUCGGUCCUCGCGAGCCGUGAACGACCGAAAAGUACUAGGGAUACCAGCCAAGAGCUGGUUGAUGGUCCGUUUCGCGAGAUCGCGCGCCAGCAUCCAUUUCUCAGUCUGUUUUACUACUUUCCACAGAACCCUCAUGGAGACUGUGACUCGUUAACCUGUCUAAGUAAUGCUAAUAUGGAGGCUUUGAAUCGGGACCCAGAGUGGACUUCCAUGGUGGAGUACAUUGGGGUCCUAAGCACACUAGUAAACCCUCACUUCCGGCUCUGCUUCGCGGAAGCUCCCGUCCCCUCCCAGCUAGGGCCGGUCGUAGUGUCCGUCUAUAGACACUUCGGUGACUUCAAGGGCUGGAUCCCGAUGCCGCUGAAUGCCUCGGUCUCAUCCACCAUCUUCGCAGAAAAGAUCCUCAACUCCCUCCGUCACAUAAUUGAGCAUUACGAUCGAUCAGGCGCAGAUGGGGAGUGGGUUGCCGUGCUUGGAUUUAGUCAGGCCGCCAGACUAGCUGCUAGUCUGCUCUUCCAGGAACAGCUCAGAGGGACUGGGCUGGUCAGAGGGUAUGGUGAAAUCAUCUUUCGCUUCGCUGUCUUGUUUGCCAGGAGGGACCCGAUAAUUUCUGUUGAUGCAGAUGCUAUGAUGUCGGUGUCUUCGGCGGACUUAUCUGUGCCUACGAUACAUAUCCAUGGGCUGCAGGAUCCCGGGUUAGAAUACCAUCGUGGGCUUCUGGAGAGGUAA